AUGACUACCUUCGAUGUCUUUGAGGAGGUUAUUCGCCUUUAUGAAAUUGCGGAUGGUGAGAAGCUCACCCAAAGUGAAUUGGACCAUUUAUCCACUUUCUUUAAUAAUACUAAAAAAUUAUCUAGCGUAGAAGAUGUCCUAAUUAAAAGCAAAGACGAUAAAACUAAGCUUUCAUAUUUAAGAAAAUUAUUGAUCCCAGCUGUAAAAGAGGUUGUAAGCAAACAUUCAGAAGUUAUAAACAAUAAUGAGGAAGUAGUUAACAUAAUCAUGAAAGUUAUGGAUAAAACCCUGGAAAUACUAAUUCGACACAACAGAAAUAGCUCCGCUAUUUCUAGUCAAGAUAAUGAGACAGAUUUUAGCAUAUUUAUGGAAGAAGAUGUCUAUUUUACAAUGUCAGUUCAGACACUUCUGAAAGUUAAAAGAAGAAAAAAUAUGUCUGGUUUGUUAGGUAAAGAUAAAGGACAAGAAUUAGAUUAUAUUCAUGAUCUUGCAUCAAAAGCACAAGCUAUUAAAGAAUUUUGGAAUGAUGAUUUAGAUGUAAAAUCGGAUGGUCCAUUUUGGACAGAGAUGGUCAACGCGGCGGCAAAAGAAGAUCAUAAACUUUAA